UGGGCACAUGGCAUCACGGUUCCCUCCUCUCGCUAAUCUCCCAGUUGGCGUAUUACAACAUUCCGUGUUUGAUUCCACUCGACGGCGACACCGCCUAGUGCUAAAUCCACAUCAGUUCAUAGAGGGCAACUUUCCGGCUGGAUUCCAGGUGACGUGAUCCUUCAAUGCCUGUUAGAUUUGGCCGUGAAGGAGAUAUUAAAGGUCAUUAGGGGACAGUGAUAAGGCGCUGGGAGCGAGUGCCAGGAGGAGGAGGAGAUGAAGGGCGGUGGACCGCCUUACGCUAUUCCGCCGGGGAAGAGGCGGUGGAAUUUCCUGGUGAUUGCUGUUCUCUGUCUCGUGUUUCUUUCCAUGCUCGUGCCUCUUAUCUUUUUGCUCGGCCUACACAAUGGCUUCCAUCCUUCACCCGGAUAUGUUACUGAAAAACAAACUUCAUUCACUAAAAUGGUUCAUGUUUAUGAUCAACCUGAAGCUACUAUAUCUAGAAACAAAUCGAAGGGUGAGCAAUCAAGUCAUAUAGAUGAUGUUAUAAGAAGAUUGGAACCUACUUUUCCAAAGGAUUUUCAGAAGAACAUUAUAAAGGAAGCUGAGAACAAGACUACUAUUGGUCCUCCGCUGCCAGUUGCUAUGCCUAAAGAACACCCUAAAGAAAAUAGCAACAAGGUUCACAGUAAGGGUGCUGCUGCUGAAAAAGUGAAGGAUACUGAGGAGAGUGUAAAGCUUUGUGAAUUAAAAUAUGGGAGCUACUGCUUAUGGCGUCAACAAAACAGGGAGAAAGUAAAUGAUUUUAUUGUGAGAAAGAUGAAGGACCUAUUAUAUGUGGCUCGGGCUUAUUAUCCUAGCAUUGCAAAGCUUCCAACUCAGGACAAGUUAUCACUUGAAAUGAAGCAAAAUAUUCAGGACUUUGAGCGUGUGCUUAGUGAAACUACUGUUGAUAAAGAUCUUCCCUCAAUGAUUGAAAACAAGCUAGGUAAGAUGGAAGCUGUAAUUGCGAAAGCAAAAGCUUGUCCUGUGGAAUGUGGUAAUGUUGACAAGAAAUUUAGACAACUAGUGGAUCUGACAGAGGAUGAAGCUAAUUUCCAUGCAAAACAGAGUGCUUUCCUCUACCAACUUGCGGUACAAACCAUACCAAAGAGUCUCCAUUGUCUGUCAAUGCGACUUACUGUGGAAUAUUUUAGAUCUUCUCCACUCGAUGAGGAGCAGUCUUUGGCAGAGAAAUAUUUGAAUCCUGAUUUGCACCAUUACAUUAUAUUCUCCAAGAAUGUACUUGCAUCAUCUGCAGUUGUAAACUCUACAGUUCUGCAUGCAAAAGAAAGUGAGACUCAAGUAUUUCAUGUUCUGACAGACAGAGAGAAUUACUUUGCUAUGAAAUUAUGGUUUUCUCUAAACAAGUAUAAGGAAGCAACAGUCCAGGUUUUGAAUAUAGAGGACCCUAAUUUGGAUGAUGUUAAGGGGACUCCGACGCAGCUCUUGUUGCCUGAGGAAUAUCGUAUUUUCCUUCAUAAAGUCGAUAAAUCAUCUACGAUUAAAAGAACGGAGUACUUAUCCGUGUUUACUCAUUCACACUAUCUCCUUCCUAAGAUUUUUCAUUCUUUAAAGAAAGUAGUGGUUUUGGAUGAUGACAUUAUUGUCCAAAGAGACUUGUCAGACUUAUGGAGAAUUAAUUUGGGUGGAAAAGUGAAUGGUGCUGUACAGGUUUGCUCAGUUAGGCUGGUUGAACUGAAGAACUUUUUAGGUGGCAAGAUUUCGGAUGAAAAAUCUUGUGCUUGGAUGUCAGGAUUAAAUAUCAUUGAUCUUGACAGGUGGCGGGAGCGAGACCUUUCUGGAAAGUUCCAAGGACUUCUGCAAGAGCAUUUGAGCACAGAAGAAGGUUUGUCAUUGCGUGCCAGCUUGCUUACCUUUCAGGAUGAGAUUUACGGUCUUGAUUACAAAUGGGUUUUGUCAGGAUUGGGUCAUGAAUAUGGUCUUGAUACUAAAGUUGUAAAGAACGCUGGUGUUUUGCAUUUUAACGGUAACAUGAAACCCUGGCUUGAUAUGGGCAUCCGAGAUUACAAAGAAUUUUGGAGCAAGUAUCUGAACAAGGAAAACCAAUUGUUAAGAGAUUGCAAUGUGAAUUAGUAGACUUCUUGAUACUCUUAGGUUUCUUUCUCUGCUGAAGUUUCAGUGAAGUAGGGGAUCAGAAGUAUGCACAAAAAUGGCUCUUGUGGAUGCGCCCAUACCAUAGCAUUCUCCCAAGCUGAGGGAACUUACAGGCAAAAUGUAGCAUGAUGAAUUUGAUGCUGUGUGUUUCUAUUGUUUUGUUAAUAAGGAAAGACGGUUUAUUUAACCUCUUGGCAAGUCCAAGACGAGGUGGCAGCUUCAUGUGUUAAUUCACACCGGUGAGCAUAGAGAACAUUCAGUGGGAAAUUACUUGUGCAUGCACCGCACCAUCCAUCUGUGGCCAUAGUUACAAGAAGCAAACCGUGGGUAUUCUUUGAACAGGAUGAUGUUUUUUUCUGUUUGCUCCCUGGAGAAUCCCCCCAUCUUAUUCGUAGGGCAAAGGUGUCAGGCUAAAAGGCCAUUUUAAUUCCAAUAGAGCAAAAUUACAUAGUUGAUGUUUGUGUGUUUUUUUAUUCUUAUAUUGAUCCCUUCUGUAAGACACUACAAUUUAUUCUCAACCAGUAGCAAUUCUUUUCCAAUUGUUUUAGGCUA